CUCAACGCGUGUGUGAGCACCACUUGCGAUUGUGCUAACCGAUGAGUUAGAAUAUCUUUGUUGAUAGAAAGAGCUAGCCAAAGAGUUGAACACUCGUGUGACCACGUUUCUCACGUGCCUAGCAGAGACUUAAGAAAGACAAUCCACGCUAUAAAACAUAACAAAGGGUUGUAGAGAAGAAGAGAGUUAAUUAAAACCAAACCAAAAAAAAAAAAGAAAAAAAAAAGAGAGAGAGUUACUAAUAAUAAUAGACUUGUCUUAUCUAAAAAAAUAUUCCUUUGUUUUUCCAUAAGAACGAGAAACAAACAAAAAAAAAAGUUGUGACUUUGACAAGUUAGACGAAACAAUGGAGGAUGAAGAGGGAAGAAGGGAGAUGACGAAGAAACAAAGUUCAAGGUUUAAGAGGAUUUGCGUCUUUUGUGGGAGUAGCAAUGGCAACAAAGCUAGUUAUCAAGAUGCAGCCAUUGAUUUGGCCAAAGAAUUGGUGAUGAGGAAGAUUGAUCUUGUUUAUGGUGGAGGAAGCAUAGGUUUAAUGGGUUUGGUGUCUCAAGCUGUUCAUGAUGGUGGUCGUCAUGUUAUUGGAGUCAUCCCAAAGCUCCUCAUGUUGCAAGAGAUAACUGGAGAAACAGUAGGAGAAGUGAGGGAAGUUGCAGACAUGCAUCAGAGAAAAGCUGAGAUGGCUAAGCAUUCUGAUGCUUUCAUUACUUUGCCUGGUGGCUAUGGUACACUAGAGGAGCUACUUGAAGUGAUAACUUGGGCACAACUUGGUAUCCAUAAUAAACCGGUCGGUUUAUUAAACGUUGAUGGAUAUUACGAUGCAUUGCUAUCAUUCAUCGACAAAGCCGUCGAAGAGGGAUUUAUUCUUCCAACCGCUGGACAUAUUAUCGUGUCCGCGCCAACCGCAAAAGAAUUGUUUAAAAAAUUGGAGGAAUAUGUGCCUCAACACAAGUAAUAACAUGCAUGAUGCAUCAAAACUGAGCUCCAAGACGAUUCAUACCAAGAGUAAGAUCAGAUUAUUUAUUAGACAAUCUAAAAGUCCAAUUUGAUUAGGCAGUACAAAAUGUAUAUUUGUUUUGUGGAUUUUUCAUAUUGUAUCAAAAUUUUCGGUUUAUGUAAUCAACUAGUGCAUUUCAUUUACAUUUUAAGUAAGUACAUAUACGUUAGAUAAAUAUUUGGUCCAAUGGUUUUGGAUAUAAAGGGGCUGUUUUGACAUUCCGGAUUA